AUGAACAAGGACGUAUUCGACAACUCAUCGUCGAUGACAAGAACCCUUCACUUGAUGUGGGGCCUAAUGGUCGUCCUCUAUUCACCUCGGCGCCUUCCCUCUCCCACCUCUCCUGCAACGAUGUUCGCACCUACUUCAAGCUUACGUACUGUCCCCACAGGUUGGAAGUUAUUUGGAAAUUUAAUGGAUGCUGGAUUAUGUUCAGUAUGUGGUGAAGAAAGUUUUGGGACUGGUAUGUUUUUGGAGUACAAUAAAAUGAUUGAACAACUGGGGGUGCUAAAAAUCAUUGUUGUGCAAAGGAAAAGGUUGGUGAUCCGGGAUUUCAAGACCAGUGAUCCUUAUGUUGUGCUCAAACAAGGGAACUAG